AUGUCGACAAAUCAGGGAUUGUACGUCCAAAACAGUGGGUGUUUCUCCUCGUCAUCGUCGGUGAAGUGGGAGGAAGAGGACGCCAUUUUGGGGAGAGAGGUGUUGGCCACCCAUGCAGCUCUCACCCCUUCCACUAAUGUGAUCAAGAGUGUUGAUGUCAAGUCCAUCCUCCGCACUGUCAAGUCCAUCGUCUACAGCUCCUCCUCCUUCAUCUCCACUGAGGAGCAUGUUUCAAGGGAAGAUGCCUAUUGUGGUGGUUGUUAUGGCCGCCUCAAUGAAGAUGUGUUGGAUGCCAUUCAAAAGGUCACUUGUGAGAUGUGUUGCAACGCUCCGGUGGGGGCAACCACCAUGGCGAUACUGAAGCUGCUGUCCAACUUCGAGUGGGAAGCGAAACUGGCCAUCCCACUGGCAGCCUUCGCCGUCAAGUACGGCGAAUUCUUGAUGGUAAACGGCCCACAUCCGUUGCUUCCGAAGCCGGAGUAUGCCUACUGGCACUGCCCGCCAGCGAACGCACUGGCCCAAUCGGUGGAUCUGCUGAGGCGCUGGGCGCUGCCGGAUCUGUUAGAGAUAGGCUCCGUGAAAAAGAUGUUCGCCGGACUGAUCGGGGGCGUGGUGGAGGUGACUACCCAGAUGGUGAAGUUCAACGAGCUCAAACAGCACUACGUCGCAGUGCAGGAAAUGUGUAGUGCGUCGGCGUCGGCGUCUGUCCACGAUCUGCCCCUCCACAUUUACCGGUUCAUCAACGGCGUCGCUUUCUGCACUAGCAUUUUGAGCUCUAGAAUACAGCCAGUGCAAGUUACAGAGUUUCAAACCUUGGCCGUCGACAUUGAAAGGAGGAGAAGGAAUUUUGAAUAUCAACUUUUACUUUCUCAUCAGCGUAAUGGUGAGUCUUAA